AAAAAAGUUUCCUGCAAAACAAGACCUGGGUAAGAGUUACCCUGUGCGAUGGAUUCAGCGAUGAAGGUCCCGGUCCUGACGUCAGACAUCCGCCCUCCAAACACCUCGCCACGCCUGGAAAACGGAGGGGGAGUAUAUAGAGGAACACAGGGGUCUGUACAAGGACGUGAUGAUGGAGUAUCACCGGCCCCUCACAUCACUGGAUGGACCCAGUAACAGAGAUACCCCAGAGAGAUGUCCCCGUCCUCCGUAUUCCCAGGAUUGUACAGAGGAGAAUCACAGGACCCCACAGGAGGAUCAGGCAGAAGAAGCAAAGCAGGAAGAGAUGUAUGCAACUGAUGUAAAGGUAGAAGAUAUGGAGGGAGACGAAGAGGCGUAUGUGACUGAUAUGAAGGCAGAAGAUAUAGAGGGAGGAGAAGAAGAGAUGUAUGUGAAGGGUGAUCAGCAGUGUAAGGAGGAGGAAAUCCCUACAGAUAUCAGCACAGCAGAUGGAGGCACAAUCAGGAAGACCUCGGAGGGGGAUCGCAUUUUGUUCCCAGAUUUUAAAUUACAAGACAACAUCACACAGGAUUCUCCAGAAGACACCCCCAUUAUGCUAGAUAUAGAUCCUGUAUCUUACAGUGCUGAUCUAUCAUCUGAUUCCUCUAAUCAUGGGGAAUGUUCUCCCAAUAACUCAAAUAUUGCUACACAUAGUGCUGAUCUUACAAGUAGUUCAGUCUUUAUCUGCUCUGAAUGUGGAAAAAGUUUUGUAUGUCUGUCAGUGUUUGUUACACAUCAGAGAAGUCACACAGGUGAGAGGCCAUUUCCAUGCUGUGAGUGUGGGAAAUGUUUUACAUAUAAAUCAGAUCUUAUUAAACAUCAGAGAAGCCACACAGGUGAGAAGCCAUUUGCAUGCUCUGAGUGUGUAAAAUGUUUUACACAGAAAUCACACCUUGUUAUACAUGAGAGAACUCACACAGGGGAAAAGCCAUUUCCAUGUUCUGAAUGUGGGAAAUGUUUUACACGGAAGUCAAUUCUUGUUAAACAUCUGCGAAUUCGGGGGGCGUGGCCUGGACGAGCAUGGAGUAGCACCUGAACAGUGCAGCUCUCCUGCUGAUAUAUCCUGCAGCAUCAUCCUGUAUUCCCCCCCGGGGUCUAACAUCGUGCUAAACGUUGCAUGAAUCCCUCCUGCCCCCCUGGAGUGAAUUUGGACCGGAUCCCGUAGUCCCUCUGACUUCUGCAGCCCUGUUCGCCCGGCGGGCCCUGCUCGGCGCUUGAGCCGCCGCCGCGCGCUCACCGCAGACCGGAAGUUCGGCUCCCGUACACCGCCGAGACCCGCGCCUUCGUGGAGGGGAGAGGGAGCGCUCGUCUGCCGUUCUGGAGUGCCUGCUGGGGGACCCGAGACGAGUAUCUUGGCGCCUGGAGCACUACGCGCCUCACACAGCCACGUAACUGUGCCGCCCUGGGGACCGGAAGUUCGGCUCCGGCUCUUCACCGCUGCCCGCGUCUUUGAGGAGGGGAGCGGGGGGAGCUUGGCUGCCGCCUUGUGUGCCUGUUGAGGGGACCCAGAACACCCCUGAGGCUGCCUGCACCAUCCCACACCGCCGCGGACCCGGGGGACCGGAAGUGCGGCUCCCGUGAUCUCUCCCCGCCCGCUGCAGCCGUCCGAGACCUUUGAGCGGGGCUGCGGGGUGAAAUAUUAUAUGGAACACUCUGGGGAGCCUGGAAGACCGCUCUCAUCACACCCAGCUGCCGGCUGCUGCGGCCACUGAUCUGCUCAUUUGCUGCUGUCUCCACCCAUCCUGACUGGGAAAAAGGUAUUUGCUGACAAGGGGCAGAUUGUUAAAUUUGUGGGGGCCUGCCUGAGUUGGCUGAUGGACUGUAACCUUCCCUCUUAUCCUCCUGUUGCACAUCCCUGCCUGUACGUUCCGGAUCGCACCCUGCCUGGAGGUCAACAGUAGGAGCUGUUUAUCUUUAUCUUUACUGCAAAGCUCUGAUUGGGGGGGACACUGCCUAGCUCCCUGCUCCUCCGGGCGGUCACACUGCAUUAUACCAGGAGGCUCUGAUCUUGCUGCGUAACUAUAUAUAUUUAUACCCCCCAUUGGCUCUCUCUUCGUUAUAUACAUCCAGCUGGAGGCUGCUGGUCGACCACUGUGUGAUUCCUGAUUUGCUGAUGUAGCACUGACUGGAGGCUUAUCUGCUUGAUUUACCAUAACUCUCUCAUAUAGUGCUGCAACUCCCUGUAGGGGUGACUAUAACGAAUACUAUGGGGAAGACUUCUCAGGCUGCGGCCAAGCUUGAAAAAUACGCUAGAAAUCCUCCCGCGCAAAAUAAGAGAACGGGGGAGUCGCAGGAUGGAUCCUCUCCCCCCUCCCCGGCUACAAGUGCGGGCUCCGGCCCUCCAGAGACCUCAGAGGAUGCUAUCCAAAGGGUACUGGACGCAGUUAAUGCCAGCGAAGGCAGGCUGGCCGAAAAGAUUACACAGGUGCAAUCAGAUCUCUCCUUAAUUCAUCAGGAUCUACAACGAGUUAGAGAGAGAGUGGGGGAGGCGGAAACCCGCAUUUCUACUGUCGAGGACACUGUGGCUCCGCUCGGCCGACGCACCACUGCCCUUGAAUCCCAGAUGUCGGAGGUGCAGAAAAAAUUGACCGAUAUGGAGGGGCGUCUGAGACGGAAUAACAUUCGGUUUGUGGGCUUACCGGAAAGGGAGGAGGGUGAUGCACCUGAGCAGUUUUUGGAGAAGUGGCUUACAGAUUUCUUUGGGACGGACGCCUUUACAUCACACUACGCGGUGGAACGAGCACAUAGAAUCCCUAUGCGACCAUUGCCGCCGGGGGCUCCUCCCCGUACAUUUAUAGCUAAAUUCCUCCACUUCAAGGAUCGGGACAAGGUGCUCACCCUGGCACGCACCAAAGGCCCACUUAAGUGGAAUGGCACCCGGAUCUCUGUAUUUCCUGAUUUUGCGGUUGACGUCCAGAAGGAGAGAGCCCAGUUCCUUCCGAUCAAGAGACGUCUCCGGGAGCUCAAUCUCCCCUAUGCUAUGCUUUUUCCUUCAAGGUUGCGGGUGGUCGCAGGAGGAGAGACUAAAUUUUUCUCAACCCCGCGGGAGGCGGCGACGUGGCUUGACCGGCAGUUCCCGGCAGGACGCCCUCUGGCAAAUGACUGAAUGUUGCAGCUCCCCGUUGGCUGGGCUGCGAUUUAUGUCAUUAAGUAUUGGAGUACACAGCUAUUGUAUUAAUGCUUGUUGACUUUUUCCUACUAGGUCAUCGAUACAGCCUUUGUUGGUAAUAUACUAAAUGCUGCACUUGAUAUCGGGUCCUUGCAUGC